CCCCUUGUUCCGCGAAUCCAAACACCAGCAAUAAUUAUAUACACCUGGAGCUACUCGGUUCUUGCACCUUAGAUUUAUGAAUCUGGACUCUUUUGUUUGGCUACCGUACCAAGCCCUUAGUCAUGUCAUCUGUCAAGACUCGCUUGUCGGGUCUACUGGGCCAUCUUGCACCCCCCGAAGCUAAGGACCACCCUGCUCCGCAACAUCGCAUCAACUACCAUACGCUCUCGCCCACAUUCUUCUUGCCCCGUGCUGCGGCAAUUGAACCUGAUGCUGAAGCCAUCUACCAUGUCACUGCAAACAACCAGGUUCUGCGGAGGACAUAUAUAGAGACUGCAGACCGUGCCAGAGGCCUUGCAUACUACCUCAAGAAGCAUGGGUUCAAGCGGGUUGGCAUUUUGUGUCCGAACACCCCUGCCUUCCUGGAGUCUAUCUUUGGGAUAGCCGCUGCUGGAGCAGUCAACAUUGCUGUUAAUUACCGACUCAAGGAAGAUGAUAUCGCCUAUAUCUUCACGCACUCGGACGCCGAGGUCAUCAUUGUAGACAAAGAAUAUCUACCACUACUGCAGGCAUAUCGAGCGGCAAAGCCAGACAUUCCCGUCAUAGUCGACACGGAUACAGAUGCUACAGAAGGCCAACUUUCCGGUCCUUUUGAUGAGGCUGUGUUACAAGGUCUCAAGUAUGAUGCUGACACAGGCGCAAAGGGCUGGGAUGGGCUGGAAAGCCAGGCUGCUUCCGAAGACGAUGUCAUUGCGCUUGCUUAUACCAGUGGCACAACGGCCCGCCCCAAAGGCGUCGAGUUCACCCACCGCGGCUGCUACCUAGCUGCCUUGGCCAACGUGAUUGAGUCUGGCCUGAAUUUUCAACAAGGCCGCUGCCGUUAUCUAUGGACUUUACCCAUGUUUCAUGCAAUGGGCUGGACAUUCCCCUGGGCAGUGACCGCCGUCCGUGGCACCCAUUACUGCCUGCGCAAGAUCGACUAUCCGGAGAUUUGGAGAUUGCUGAAACAAGAGCACAUCACCCAUUUCAAUGCGGCUCCAACCGUGAAUACCUUGCUGUGUGCUGCCAACGAGGCCGAGCGACUUCCGCGGCCGGUCCAAGUCACCGUAGCGGCCAGCCCACCGACCCCGCAUCUCUUUGAGCAGAUGACCAACCUCAACUUGCACCCAGUGCAUGUGUACGGAAUGACAGAGACAUAUGGACCAAUUACCAAAGGGUACUACAUGCCUCAAUGGGAUCAACUGCCGGCGGAAGAGAAAUAUAAGAAGAUGGCAAGACAGGGACAUGGUUUCGUGACUAGUUUGCCCGUUCGAAUCAUCAAGACGGACGUUCCGGAAGGAACCAUUAUUGACGUCCAGCGGGACGGCAAAGAAAUAGGAGAGAUUGCCUUUGUUGGCAACAUCUGCUCCCGGGGCUACUACAAAGACCCCGAGGCGACGCGGAAGCUCUUCGCGGGGGCCGGAGGCGAGAACAUAUCAUCCGUCGCUCUCGAGUCGAUGCUCGUUACGCACCCCGACAUUCUCGAAGCUGGCGUUGUGGCGGUCCCGGACGCACAUUGGGGGGAGCGACCCAAGGCAUUUGUGACUGUGAAGCAGGGAAAGCAGAUCGAUGGAAAAGAAGUGAUCGCGUGGGCCAAAAAUCACAGUGCGAUCAGCAAGUUCAUGGUCCCUCGGGUGGUCGAAGUUGUGGUGGAGCUUCCCAAGACGAGUACGGGGAAGGUCAGGAAGAAUGUCCUUCGAGAAUGGGCAAAAGGGGGAAGUCGAACCUGACCAGUGUCGGCUGAAGUAGAAUCUCGUUGAGAAUACGAGAUUGCGAGUGCUGUUGAGGGUAUCCAUGGGUCUGCCCCUUUCUGGUGGCAGACACUAAAUCGAGACAUUUUGCCCACUAUCGACACUAAUCUUUUAUGGGACCCACUGCUGCCAAGCCUAUGAUGGCAUGCCAUGAUGCGAACUUGCAAGAUGCAUCCCAAGUAUGUGAUAGUCUCGCUAUUGAGACCAGGUAGUGAAGAGGGAUAUCAUGGUUGAUGGGGUUGUCUAGAAGGUUGUCUCCAGUAAAGCCAAUCGCUUCGUGUUGCCAUCGCCAAUAGAGACUGGGGCUUGCGAUGAUCACUUAUUCUCAGCGAUAUAUUUUUGGAUCCAGGAUUUGAUACAGGUCAAUCCCAAGGACCUUGUGUAUAAGUGUAUAUAUUAAGGAGGGACUGUGACGGCCACCCUC